AGUUGAAGCUUUAUUUUAUUUUGGGUCCAAUGGUACAGAAUAUAGACCCAUCACGAUGUCUAUAAAUUAGGCUUCAACCUGUGUUAUUCUUUACAAGAUAAAAGAUAAUUUCUUUUAUUUUUCUCAUUUGCUCCAUUUUAACCAGCAAGAAUGGCCAAGGCACUUGGCACACUCUAUUUGGUGUUACUUCACCUUUACCUGUGCUUUGUCCUGACCCAAUCAGCACCAGAGACUGCGCUUGUAACAGAGAUUCCAGGUUUCAAUGGCACAUUACCUUCCAAGCACUAUGCUGGGUAUGUAACAGUGGAUGCAAAGCACGGAAGGAACUUAUAUUACUAUUUCGUUGUGUCAGAAGGUAAACCUUCUGAGGAUCCAGUGGUUCUGUGGCUUAAUGGUGGACCUGGUUGCUCUAGCUUCGAUGGCUUCGUAUACGAACAUGGCCCUUUUAAUUUUGAAGCUGCAAAGAAUAAGGGAAGCCUGCCAACGCUGCAUCUGAAUCCAUACAGCUGGUCAAAGGUAUCCAAUAUUAUAUAUCUGGAUUCUCCUUCUGGUGUGGGGUUUUCAUACUCUGAGAAUGAAACUGAUUAUGAAACAGGAGACAUUAAAACUGCCUCUGAUUCGCAUGCCUUUCUCCUUAAGUGGUUUGAACUCUAUCCUGAGUUCCUUUCCAACCCAUUCUUCAUUGCUGGAGAGUCAUAUGCUGGAAUUUAUGUGCCUACUCUUGCUUCUGAAGUAGCAAAAGGAAUUGACGCUGGUGUAACGCCCAAUCUGAAUUUCAAGGGUUACAUGAUUGGAAAUGGUGUUACAGAUGACAAAUUUGAUGGAAAUGCACUUGUUCCAUUUGUACACGGGAUGGGUAUAAUUUCAGAUGAACUGUUUGAGGAGGCUAAUGGUGAAUGCAAAGGGAAUUUCUACAAUCCACUCAGUGAAAAUUGUACAAGCAAGCUUAACAAAAUUGAGCAGGAUGUUGAUGGGUUGAACAUAUAUGACAUUCUAGAACCAUGCUAUCAUGGCACAGAGGCCGAGAAGAUUAAAGCUUCCUAUAUUAGAUUGCCACCUAGCUUCCGGAAGUUGGGUGAGACUGAGAAACCUCUUCCUGUGAGGAAAAGGAUGUUUGGACGCGCUUGGCCCCUAAGAGCACCUGUGAGAGAAGGAAUUGUACCAACUUGGCCUCAACUGAUGGAUAGCAAUGAUGUUCCGUGCACUGAUGAUGUAGUCGCAAAAUUAUGGUUGAACAAUGAAGCAGUCAGGAAAGCAAUUCACACUGCAAAGACAAGUUUGGUCAGUCAAUGGGAUUUAUGCACGGGCAGGAUUAGAUACAAUCAUGAUGCUGGGAGCAUGAUCAAAUACCACAAGAACCUAACUUCCAAAGGAUAUCGAGCCCUUAUAUACAGUGGUGAUCAUGACAUGUGUGUUCCUUUUACGGGGAGUGAAGCAUGGACGAGAUCAAUGGGAUACAAGAUUGUUGAUGAAUGGAGGCCUUGGUUCUCCAAUGAUCAAGUUGCUGGGUUUACUCAAGGAUAUGACAAAAAUCUUACUUUUAUGACUAUAAAGGGAGCUGGACAUACUGUUCCGGAAUAUAAACCGCGAGAGGCAUUGGAAUUUUAUACACACUUUCUCACUGGAUUGCCAUUAUGAAAAAAUUCGAAAAUAUAAGGAAUAAUAUAUCUUUGUAAUUUAUUAAUGAUCUACUGGGGUUUGGAAACGAUAAGUUAUAUUUGUAUUAGUGAAAUACACAUUUCGUUUCUCUCAUUUCUUUUCAAUAAAUAUGCAACCUGUUUUCAUAGUUCACAAA